CGACAUGAUUGGGACGCAGUACAGUCGAUCGCACAAGGGGUACGAGGGAGCGCGCCUGGACCGCAUCUUCAACCGACGCAGGCCGGAAAAGUACCCCAGCGACAUCAUCUUUGCCGCCUCGCCCGACGAUGUCGUGAGCGCGGUGCUGUACGCCAAGGGCAAGGGCGCACAGGUCACCAUCAGAUCGGGCGGGCACAGUUGGGCGGCCUGGUCGCUCCGGCAGGACAGCAUCCUGAUCGACCUGUCGGAACUGAAGAGGCUGGAGAUCGACGCCGAGAACAUGACAGCGACAGUGAGCCCGUCGACCACGGGCAAGAUGCUCAACGAGGCGCUCGGCCCGCUCGGGCUCAUGUUCAAUGGCGGACACUGUCCUGAUGUCGGCGUCGGCGGCUUUCUUCUGCAGGGCGGCCAGGGAUGGUGUGCGCGGACCUGGGGCUGGUCUGCGGAGCAGAUUGAGUCGAUGGAGGUGGUGACUGCUGCUGGCGAGCUGGUGACGGCAUCCAGGCGCGAGAAUGCAGACCUGUUAUGGGCAGCAAGAGGCUCGGGGCCCGGCUUCUUUGGCGUCGUCGUCAGCUUCACGCUCAAGCUGAAGAAAGUCGUCGGCAUGUACGGCUCAACGUACAUCUACGACACAGUGGCGCACUACGACGAGGUGGCCAAGUGGUACCUGGAGACGUGCCCGGGCGUGCCCUCGGACUGCGAGCUCGUCAUGCUGGGCUUUCGCAGCGAGCGUGUCAUGCCCCAUCUCAACCCGCCCCGGCCGGUGCUGGUGGUCCGGGCGCUGUGCUUCACCGAGGACGAGGCCGAGGCAAAGGAGGCGCUGACCAUCUUCGCCAAGGGUGUGCCCAGCCUCGACAAGGCGCACGUCGCCGCCUUCUGCCAGCCGUCUACGUUUACCGAGGAGUACCAGCGGCAGGCUGACGACAAUCCCAUCGGCCGCUACUUUGUCCAGAACGCGUGGCUCGACGGGCCGCUGGACAAGGUGGCCCAGUCCAUGAAGGCUGCGUUUGUCGACCUGGCCACGCCGCAGUCGUUUGCGCUGCACUUUAGCAUGGCGCCCCUGCGCGCGCUGCCCGACGACAUGUGCUUCUCGAUCCAGACCCCACACACCCUCUCCCUCUACACCAUCGCACCGCCUGACACAGACGCCUUUGAUGCCGUUUGCCAGGCAUACCAGGACAAGGUGUGGACGCACAUUGACGCCCUGCGGCCCGAGCAAGGCGGCUCUGCAGGCAUCUAUCUCGGCGACUCGGACCUGGUCAAGCGGCCGGUGCGGUUCAUGUCGGAGCAGAACUGGGCGCGAUUCUGCGAGCUGCGCACGCAGUGGGACCCCAAACGGACAUUUGCCGGGUACGACGGCGAGGCGUUGCAUGGCUCCCGCUGGAAUCGCAAUCCCUGGGAGCUUGUUGAUUAGAUCCUUUGCAAUUCAAUGUGCUUUCAUCAG